AUGAGUGAGUAUAAAGUAAAGAUGAACAAUUACCUUUACCUUAGAAUUACGAUGGAACACCAACGCGUUAAUAUCGAUAGUUCACUCACGUCAAUAUUAAAUUUAAUAAAAAGAGAUAUCCAGUCGAAAGUCUAUAAAGAGCAUAACAGAGAGUUGAAUCAAGAGGCAAUAUGCUUAAUGGCAGUCAAGAACGAUGACAUCAAGAAUGAUGUUCCACGGCUGUCAUUUAAAACCAAAUUACCCUACCUCUCUGACGAAGAGCAACCAAUUAUACAGUUGAUUAAAUUCACAACGGGUUGCGGAAUUGAUAUUUACCAAUGGAUUCAAACUUUUGAACAGGUACAACAGGAUUGUGGUUGGAGUGACCUUAAGUCAUGUGCAAUCUUGAAAACCUGCUUAGUUGAAGAACAAUUGAAGACACUAGUAAAAGCGUGUGAGAAGUUUAGUGCGGUAAAGAGUAUUCUUCUUACUCAUUUUUAUCCUUUCUCCGACUAUAGUAAGUACAAAGGAAUGUUACUGAAGUUAAAAAGUAAACAUUUUGAUAAAAUUGAAGAGUAUUAUGCUAAGCAUACUGAAUUAAUAGACAUGUAUAAUUUGUGUAUAAACACAAAUAAUCAGAUGACGCCUGUAAUGAAAUACCGAUUAUUUUUAAGCGGUUUGAGUAAUAUAGAAAUGAAUGAUGUUAUUCACGCUAAAGCAAAGAAUGCUGAUGAUGCUAUAAAGCAUUUAGUGGAAAUGAGAAACCUUAAAGAAACUUUUUCAACUUUCAAAUUAACUAAUGAUAAACCAAGUAAUAAGAGUUUACCUACUACUCAACCUAUCAAACAAGUUAAUGAGAAAUAUUAUUGCGAUUAUUGUAAAACAUUAGGACAUAUUGAGCGUUUUUGUAGAACCAAAAGAAAGGCUAUUAAGAAGAAAGCUAAGGAAUCUGCCACAACAUCCGCAAAUAGUCUUUUAAUACUACAAGAUAAAAGACUUAACGUUGUCAAACUAUCUUAUAAGUGUAAGUUAGAUAAAUCAGAUAUGUAUACUGAAGCAAUAAUCGAUUCCGGGUCAACCUAA